AUGCCUGCUCCCAAAGGUGGUAGACGGCAGCCUGCGAUGCCUAACCUCAACUUGAGUCGCCAGCAACUUCAGCAGACCAAGUCUCAAGCUGACCCAACCUCUCCUCCACAUACACCGACAGCAUCACCCCAGAAAACUCGCAAGAGCCAGCCUGUCUUUGAUCAAUCUUCUCGCAGCGUUCCAAUGGACCCUCACAUUCGACCCGUCGGUCACGACCACCAGUUUAGCUACCGGCCGACUGUCAGGCCAGAGCAGCUCAGCCCUCGCUCUUCCUCGUCUGAAGUUCCAGAUGAUUUCGAUGAUGACGAGUACUCGUCUGGAGAUGAGGAUGAUGAUGAAGAAGAAGAAGCAGAAGAAGAAGAAGAAGACGACGAAGAAGACGAGCUCGACUAUUCACGUGGACCCAUCAAGGCGCCGUCGCCUCUAGCUGCAUCUGAUACCCAAUCAUCGUCCGAAGAAGAGCCUGGCUCGGAGGAAGACAUUGAAGAAGACGAGGAGGAGGAAGAAGACUCUGAACUGGAUAACUCUACUGGGGAACGGCCAAUCCCUUCCGUCGGAAGAGUAGUACACAUGGAGGAGGUUAACGAGGAUGAUGAUGAUGAUGAAGAUGAUGAAGACGAAGACGAAGACGACGAUGACGAAGAGGUGGAGGAGGAAGAUGUUGACAAUGAGAACGAAGAGGAGGAGGAAGACGACAGCGACAACGAUGACGACGGCAUGUCACGACCAACGAUGGAAUCGCCGGUUUUCACCACCUUUACUACCGCAACAACCACCGUCUGCGACUUUGUCCUCGAGGAGAUAGAUCCCAUGGAUAGCGACAAUGGCCUAUCUGUCCUGGACCCAUAUGAAAUCGAAUCCAAUCGCAGCCGAUCGAGCUCCAAGCACAGAGACGACCACGGACCACCCUUUGAGCACCGAGAGCUACCCAUCAGGAUGAUGCAAGACAUGCGUAACCUUCACUGCAGCAACGAAGCCUCGGACGAGGAAGCAGAGCAGGACACGGAAGAAGCUGCCUUUUACAAAUGGCAGCAGUACAUGCGCCGACGCCGGCUCAGUGUCUCGAGUAGUAUCACCGGUAAACGCACGUUUAGUGAGCGUAGCGCCUCGGACGACUCAGACGACGGCGGUCUCGACGUCAACGAGGUUGGCUCCAGCGCACGCCGCAUGCGCAAGCGCUUGCACCGCGGCAGCUUGCUCUUCCAGGACCCGCCAGAGCCGCGCAUUGACGAGCUUGAAGAGCCUAACUCGAGCGAGGACGAGUACCUUCCGACUCAGCACCUCGGCAUGCAGCUGCCUUACUGGACAAUUGAGAUUAACGAGAUGGAAGACUCGCAAUGA